AUGUGCAUACAGCCCCAGCAUAGCCAGUUGCACGUGAAGGAGCAGCUGACAAAGUCUCACAUCGGCAAGCAUUCCUGGCACCGUCACCACAAUGCAUGUACGGAAAUGUUGCCGAAAGAAGCUCAAGAACUAAAGGAGAAGAUUCUGCGCACACACAAGACCAAACUUAUGCGCUUUAGUAUGACUUACAUGAAGAAGCGCGUGGAACCUCCUGUCGAGAUUCCCGAUGAAUUAAACAACCAACACGCGUUGUCUACGAUCGUAGCUGGUCGCAGAGUCCCGCUCACACGCUGCAUGUGGAACAACACAAAACGUUUGUCUCGUCACGUUCAGACUCGACAUUUACCAAUAUCAGUGGUACUGGACGUACGAGGUAUCAUGGGCAUAUCUGUACAGCGAGACUUAUUGCCACGCGACGACUGGUUACAACCCCGAGUUCACCGACCUUCGAAGCGCUCAAGAAUUCGCUGUCGUCUCUCCCGUCCGUUAUCCAUUGAAUUGCCCGAGGAUGUACGUGCACUAAAGCAAAAUAUCCUGACGUCACACCCAACGAAGCUCACACGAUUCAGUUUAAGUCAUAUGCGUCAUAUGGUCAUUCCACCAGUAUUGAUUCCUGAAAAGCUUAACGACCGUUGUGCCAUGAAAACGGUCGUGUCCGGCAAGUGCGUCCCCUUGACCAUGCGUAUGUGGAAGAAUUGCAGAAAGAGGAUUAAACUGCUUGACAUGAUCGCCGAACACGUCACGUACCGAUGA